ACAUCUCAAGGGGAUCAGUGCAGAAGGCACCACAAUUCCCCACACAGAGGGGAGAGAGAGAGGCAGGCUGUACGCUGAACAUAUCCGGCCAGCUGCAGGAAUCCAAGGCAUUUUCUGAGCGAGCAUUCUCUGCAUCCUGUCCCCUGCUCAGCCAGUGUUCAUGGUCUAUUCCUGGUACCCUAUUUAAUUCCCUCUACUGCUGCAUCAUAGCUUGCUCGGUUCUAGUCCGGCUUCUGUCCUAAUAGGGGAGGACCCCCUUUUCCCCGCUUCCAGUAUCCGCCAGCCUGCUUGGAAUUAUCUCCAGCCUUUGUUUUCAUUUUAUUUUAUUUUUUCAAUUCAUUCUGUGUCUCCCGUUAGGAGAGUCAGGACGGUCUUGGUGUGUCUCUCCAUCCCUCCACCCUCCUUACAAUCUCCCUCCCUGGUUUGGAAGAAGAACAUCUAUUCAGGAAGGAUAAUAUUUGGGGAGAAUUGAGCCCUGAACAUCAUGCAUCUGGUACUGACCCUGCUCCUGUCCCUGGCUGCCUUCACCGUGGCCAACAUCCACAUCCACGACCUCAGUCAACCGGUCACGUCGGAUGAAGUGGUUCCCACAGGAGGUAAAUUAAUCCUAAAAUGCACAGUGGAAGAACACGAUGACUCUUCUCUGCAGUGGUCCAACCCUGCUCAACAGACACUUUAUUUUGGGGAGAAGAGAGCUCUACGGGACAACCGAAUCCAGUUAGUCCAUUCUAGCCGCAACGAGUUGACCAUCAGUAUUAGCAAUGUUCAAUUGUCCGAUGAAGGCGAGUACACUUGUGCCAUCUUUACCAUGCCCGUACGGAUCUCCAAAGCCAUGGUCACCGUCUUAGGAGUCCCCCAGAAACCCCAAAUAUUUGGUUAUGAAAAAGCUUUUAAAGAAAAUGAAAAAGCCAAAUUGCGAUGCACAACCAGUGGGAGUAAGCCUGCUGCCAACAUCAGAUGGUACAAAGGCCCAGAGGAGCUGGAAGGAGCACAAACCAGUACGUCAGAGGACGGAAAUGGCAAAACCUUUACUGUAAUGAGCAUUAUCGAGUUCAUGGUAGGCCGUGAAGAUGAUGGAAUUGAAAUCACAUGCACAGUUGGCCUUGAGUCCCUGCAAAGUACAGAUAAAUCUUCCAGCCACAAGAUUCAAGUCUUAUACAAACCAACUGCGAGGAUCGAGUCUCGGCCACAAAUGCCAAGGGAAGGAGACAAGCUGAGACUCCAGUGUGAUGCCUACGGGAACCCCGUGCCGGACCAAUAUAUUUGGGAGCGGGAAAAUGGAGAACUCCCUUCACUAGCUAUGUAUGAUGGGAGCAGCUUGGUUUUCCCCUUUUUAAAUAAGAGUGAUGGUGGCACCUACAUCUGCAAGGCUUCCAACAUGAUGGGAACGUACGUCACCCAGUACAAACUGGAUGUCAAUGACGCCAAUUUCCCAGACCCUAGUCCAAUUCCCUCCACAUCGAGCAUUGACCACGCUGUCAUUGGAGGAGUAGUCGCUGUUAUCGCCUUCCUAUUGUUCUGCCUUCUCAUCGUUCUUGGUCGUUACCUGAUCAGACACAAAGGUACCUAUCUCACCCAUGAAGCCAAGGGAUCUGACGAUGCCCCAGAUGCUGACACAGCCAUUAUCAAUGCAGAGGGUGGCCAAGGAGGCUCUGACGACAAGAAGGAAUAUUUCAUAUAAGCCUCAGCUCCUACUCCCCAAAAAAACGUGUCAACAGCAAUGAGAUUGAUCAACACAUAAUUCCAACAGCAAUGGCAAACAAAUUCAAACCAACAUUCAGAAAAUCUGAUACAGGAUGACUCUCUCUUAAACAUGCGAGAACCAGAGAGAACAAGAGAGAAAGAGAGAUACAGUGAACAGAGAGUCCAUGCUUCGAAAAAGAACUUGUACAAAGGUUAUUACUAAAAACUUUUAAAAAGAUAAAAAAAUUGCUUGCUUAAAUCUACAUAUCUUCAGUGAACGCACUAAUCUAACAAACAAAUAAUAAUAAUCGUGAGUUAAUAUAUUUUUUUUUUGGUUUGGUUUGUUUCUUAUUUUUUUUUCUGAAAUGUGUACAAAGUUUUAUGUUAUUAUUUUUUACUUUGGAAUGUUGGGGAAGGGUGGGGAGGGAUUGGGGGAGAAAGGAUAUUUAAAUAUAUAUAUAUAUAUAAUGUUCUGUUUGCCAGGGUAAAUAAAACAGAUAGGUUCGAUUUUUUGACACAGACGGGUUUUCCUGUUUCGAAUUACUAUGGUAGUAAAUUCUUUAUAGGACGCCAUCACUGAAGCUUCCAUUUUAUGGCCCAAAUGGGCACUUAUGGGUAUCGACCUGAAACUGCAAGAUUAUAGUCUAGGUUAUUAACUCUUUGUCGGCCAAGAAACGCCCAACUCAGGUUUGCAAAGGAUGUAAGGGGUUUGUUGGCUCUUGUCAGCUGAGCUAGUAAUUGUGCAGCUGUCAAUCACAGGAUGUGGCACAGACGCAGUGGGUGGAGUCUCAUGCCCUUUUUCUUGUUUCCUGCUCCAAUCACAAGUGGCUGUCCUCCCUAACCGAGUUUGCUUACACUAAUCAGGGUCUCGGUUUUUCUUACUGGCAAAGUGUUAUCUAUGGUGUCAUAAUAUAUUACAUGGAACUGUUUUGAUUUCAUCCUUCUCUUCCCUCUCCAUGGAUCCAUGGAACACAAAGAUAAUGUGAGGCAAUUUGCCAAGUGUAUAAAAAUGUCAGCCCUCUGAUCCAAUCAGAACAACCUGUUCCAAAGAGCCACGCAUGAGGGUGAGGUGUCGAUGUUAAGGCACUGCAUGUAUCGAUUGGGUCAUUCCAUUACGGCAAACUAUUAAGCAGAUAGUUGGUGAUUAAAGUCUGGCAAGGCAAUAUUUACUAAGGUAUAUAACAUGAAACAAUGAUGUGAACGCAUUGCAAGGGGAUCCAUAACUUAGCACUGCUUAGCAUUCGUGGGGCCAUUGCGCCAAACAAACGAUGGUGUCAUUCAUCAAGCAAACAUAACUAUAUUAACAUAUAAAUCUCUAUAUUAUGUCAUACUCUGUAUUUAUCAGGCUUGGCAUAAAUUGCUUUAUUACUGUGUGACUGUUGCUUUGUCCAUCAUUUGUCAUUUUUAAAUAAUUAAACUGUUAGUCUUAUA